AGAAGGUAUUGGUGGCAACGAUACGAAAAGGCCGCCAUUAGAGAAGAACAACUGAGUGAAAGAGAGAGAGAGCUUUGUGCUUCUCUUUCGGAACGAAUCUCCAACAGAAUUUCAUUUUCGAGAAAGUAAACCCAAACCCCAUUAAUAUUAUUACUAUUUUUUUAUUUAGAUAUUAAUAUUAAUAUUCAUUUUCAUUGGGUAAAGUAGUAAAGUGUUCCAGAAGAGCUCAGAAGAGAAAAAGAACCCUAACUAUCACCAGUUUCGCCUAAAUAUGUAAAUUGGCAAUGGAAUUGUUAUGGUGCAUUGCCAAUGUCACUCGUUGUUGGAUGAAACCCAAAGUUGAGCUGAGUAGCUUUUAAAAUGAAACCCAAAACAAGUGCAGCAGCAGCUUCUUCUAGAUCUUUUCAGGGUGAGGGCCCGAAUUGGGUGCUCAUUGCUGGGGGUGCGUUGUUGAGUACGUUGUCGAUUCGCCUUGGUUUCAAGCUCAAGCAGGCUAUUGACAAUAACCACAAGAAUCCCAACAACACUUUCAAAGGAAAUGCAAAAUUCUCUGACAGAAGGAAGCCCUCCCGCUGCCGCAUCCACUCAAAUCUCUAUUCCUUUACUGAAGACGAUGAUGGCACUUGUUUCAAUUGCUUGUCAGGAGUAGGCAUGGACAUUUCAUGCCAACAAGAUAGCCAGAUGAUGACCGAAUCCAAUGGUGCUCUGCCUUUGGUGACAGUUCCAGCUCCCGAGUUUAACAAAGACAAUGGUGUAAUGUGGUCAUCUUCUCCUGAUCGACUCGAGUUGCCUCCAAAGCCCUUUAACCACCAUUCAAACUGCUCAGAUUCACCGUGCGUCUCAGAAUCCGGCUCUGAUGUCUACAGUAAGCGGGAAGUCAUCCACAAACUAAGGCAGCAACUGAAGAGAAGGGAUGAUAUGAUAUUGGAGAUGCAAGAUCAGAUUGUUGAGUUGCAGACUUCAUUUAAUUCUCAGCUGGCACACUCUACCCAUUUGCAGUCACAGAUUGAUGCUACAAAUAGGGAUCUGUUUGAUUCAGAGAGAGAAAUUCAGAGACUAAGGAAAGCCAUAGCCGAUCACUGCGUGGGGCAAUCCAAUGACAAGUCGUCCACAGCUCUGAGUUGGUCAUCUGAGGGAAUGAAUGGUCAUGCCAAUGGUUAUCACGAGGGAGAAAGCAAUCUCGAGCUACCGGAGAAAGGAAGAGGGGCGGCUGAGAAGAUUGAGAUGCUGAAGAGGGAAGUUGGAGAACUGAAAGAGGUGAUAGAAGGAAAAGAUUACUUGUUGCAGAGCUACAAAGAACAAAAGGCUGAGCUUACAUUGAAGAUCAAGGAGUUGCAGCAAAGACUGGAUUCACAGCUCCCUAACAUUUUGUAGGCACCCAAUUUUGUGCAUUCUUUGCUUGUUUCCUCUGAUUAAGAAUCCAUUACAUACGUAGUUUAGCAUUUGUUUUGUUAUAUAUUUGUUGUUCUAGCUGUUUGGAUGCGUGCUGAGCGUGAACUCGAGUGGGAGAGGUUGGUGUUUGGAAAUUGGUAAAAGCUUGCCUUUUUUCUUUUUUUU